GCCAGGACCCCGAGGACCCGCCGCGGCCGCGUCGCUUAGCAACGGCCCGCCGGGGCUGCCCUAUCGCCGGGGUCUCCGCGCACUUCCGCUUCCGGGGCAGGCGGGGCAGAUGGCGGCGGCCCGCGAAAGAGAGGAGGAGGCGGUGGCCGACUGGGCUUUGCUAUCAGAAGUGGAGGUCUUGGAGUCCAUAUACCUGGAUGAGCUGCAGGUGUCUCGAGGAAAGGGCAGGUCAGCGCCCUGGGAAAUCUGCAUUACCCUGCACCCUGCGACUGCAGAGGAUCAGGACUCUCAGUACGUCUGCUUCACACUCGUGCUCUCUGUGCCCCCACAGUAUCCCAAUGAAGUGCCGAAAAUCUCGAUCCGGAAUCCGCGGGGGCUGUCGGAUGAGCAGAUCCAGAAGAUUUCCCAGACCUUGGGACAAGUUGCGGAGGCUGGGCUCGGGACAGCGGUGCUGUAUGAACUGAUUGAGAAAGGGAAGGAAAUUCUCACCGACAACAACAUUCCUCAUGGCCAGUGCGUGAUCUGUCUCUAUGGCUUCCAGGAGAGAGAAGCGUUCACAAAGACUCAGUGCUACCACUACUUCCACUCUCACUGCCUGGCUCGCUAUGCCCAGCACAUGGAAGAGGAAAUUCACGUGCAGCAGGAAGAGAGAGAACAGCACCUGGCGCCUCCUUCCAAGCAGGGAGUCGGAGUGCAGUGCCCCGUCUGCCGGGAAACACUAAUCUAUGACCUCUCCGCUCUGCAGGCAGCGCCCCCCCCUCAGCACCCGAUGGAGCCGUACAGGCCUGAUGCAAAGGCGCUACAGACCCAAGAGGAACUGCAGAUAAUCUAUCAAAGGCAGCAAAAGAAGGGCGGGAUCAUUGACCCCGAGGCAGAGAGAAACCGCUACUUCAUCAGCCUCCAGGCGCCUCCAGCGGCUGCUGAUCCCGGCCAUGGAGCCGCCGCUGAGCUGCUGACUCCUGAAAAUGCCGUGGCUGCCACUGGGCAGCUCUGCCAACCACCAACCCCAGAACGCACUGCGGAGCCUGCCAGCCCUCCCCAAGCUCUAGGUCUGGGGAGAGAACCUGGGCAGCUGGCAAAAGUGUCUGUCCCCCUGGAGCACCAGAGCAAGAGAGAGAGGCACCGAGGGGAGAGGCCAGGAUUCCGAGGCCAGGGCAGACAGCUGUACAGCGACCCACAAGCAGCAGCUACGGAAACUUACCGCCUUCUCCGUGGCUCUGGGGCACCUGGCGGUUUCGACUGGAGACCCGAAUGGAGGGAGGACAGGAGCCAGAGACCCAGUGUGGGAUACAGCCAGGAGUUCCCUAAGCCGCAUGGCAGAGGCAGAGUGGCUGCCUUUGCUGGUAGGAAAGAGUCGGGCCCUGACGGCAUCUUGCCCAGGAAAGGGGCAUUGGACUUGAAAGAGGAGCAUCCCGCUGUGGGGUGUUGGACGCCGGAGCAGAGAGCUGAGACCCAGAGCAGGGAGAAGGAAAACCGGGCACUAAACCAGCGUGACCCGAGGGGCCCUACCAGCUGGCAGGGCCAUCACAGGACCUGGGACUAUGGGAGAUGGGAGAAAUCCCAGGGCAGGGAGUGUGGUUCCUAUCCCAGGGUGCCAGAGGGGCAAGGGGCAUUCAGGCCCAGUGCAAGGAGAGACCCCCAUGGCCAAGUGAAGGAGGAUGGCUCCUAGCGGGGUGGGGGGGCAGGGACUGGUGCAGGGGGGGCCUUUCCUGGGGAGAACAAUAAAGAGUCUAUUGGAAUAUCAGCUAUCUGCCUCCGUAUCCCAGGAGGAGAGGGGCCAGCCCAGAUCUCUCCAUGGGUGUGGGUGGCUGGCACAGGACACAUCUUCGUGGGUAAAACGCUUUCUGGAGAGGAACACAGUGAGGGUGUGAUGAGCUGGGCACGUGGUGGUGGUGGGGGAAGCAGAAAUCCAGGCUGGACUCACGUCUUAGUAAACCAUUGGCAGGUGCAGUUACUAAGGGCUGCGUUGCAGGGUCUUGUGGCAGAUUGUCAAUCUAUUGCCUGGUUAGUCCUGGGCAGGCAAAAUCUGUCUCUUGGCAUUGAAGGGGGGACCCAGGAGUAGCCAGAUGCCGCUUGACUGCAGCUAUCUAGAUAAGGGCUACGCAGGGUCUUCCCCGUGCUUCAGGCUCUGCCCCGAGGCCAGCCUAGACUGGCUCCUCUGAGCAGGGACAGCAGCCCUGCCGCUAGCCCUGCCUCGGUCUACGAUGCCAUUGUCAGCAGCAAUGCUAGAGCUGAAGUGAGGGUGGGGCUGUCCCAUGGAGCAGAACAUCCUCAGGAAGCCAGGCCCCGCUCAGUGCCAGCGAGCAAAGCCAGGGCGCGGGGAGAAUCCCAGCACUCAUGUCCCGGGCUCUCCUGAGGGUGAACUCCAGCUGCUUGCUUUGGGGUCAGCUCCCCCAGGGUAGCGCUACCGUUCCUCUUGAGCUGGGAGUGUCGCUUUACUGACAGCCCCCACCCCCGACCACUCAGAGCUCAACUUGGGCCAGCUCCAGUAGCAGCGAGCUGCCUAGGCCAUGGGGGUUCUAGUGCUUUGAGUUCUUCCAGGCCCUGCCAUUGGUUCCAUGGCCCUGUUGAUCAUAUUCAAAAGGGGCUUGGCCUGUCCCUUUUCCAGCAUCACCCCCUUUUCUGCUCACUCACUGAUCAGAACCAGUUCUCCUCCCCUCCUUGUAAACAUCCCUGUAUAGACCACAGUGAACGCCCCCUGGAGCAGCUGGGGCUCCAGGCUCCAUGUGGU